GAAUGCACUUGAUAAUGAAGAUUUUUCUAAUUAUUAUGAGUCAUCAUCAAGUGAUGACGAUGAAAUAGCUAAUAAUGCAGAGGUAACCGAUGAUGAAGAUGAUGAUGAUGUUCAAGUUGGUAUGACCAACAAUAUUCCUCAAAGCCAAAACCAACAAGAACCAAUGCACCACCACGUACCACCACCGAUGGCUGAAAACCUAACUUUUCUGAAAGCCCAAUUCAGUGACAUUCUAACAAUAUCCCUUAUCUUGACAGCCUGCAUGGUCGUGAUGAUGCAUUUGUCUUCACAAGAGAAGAUGAUGAUAGUCGCCUAAAAACCUGGAUUGAACCAAAGGAUCUCAACAAAGAUCGAUGCUACCUUGCAAAGGGAAUGUUGUUCGCAUCCAAAAAGGCGUUGCAACGGGCUGUCAAAAUUUAUUGUUUUAAGGACAUGAGGGAGUUUAAGGUUGAUCAGUCAAACACAAAGAUAUGGAGGCUAGUUUGUAGACGACGGUAUCAAGGCUGUGAGUGGUUGCUUCGGGGAAUUGUUAAGCCUGAUGGUAUGUGGGCUAUCACAAAAUUCCGCGAAAGACACACUUGUGAUAUGGAAGAAAAUCGAGCAGAUCAUUAUAAUUUAGAUACAAACAUGAUUGCUCAAGUGUUACUUAAAGACAUUGCCGAAACGCCAAGGUUCCCCAUCAAAGAUUGUAUUCGAAACGUUCAAACCAUAUAUAGUAAAACUAUAAGCAACAGAAAGGGAUUUCUCGGGCGUAGACGCGCUUUUGAGAUGGUCUUUGAAAAUUGGCAUACUUCUUUUCAAUCGCUGCCAAGGUAUAUGGCAGCUCUACAACAUUUUAAUCAUGGUACUGUUGUAGAGUGGCGGCUUAUAGAGGGUAAAAUCUUCAACUUCGUAUUUUGGACAUUCAAACCAUGCAUUGAUGGUUUUGCUCACUGCCGACUAGUGAUAUCCAUAGAUGGUACGCAUGUAUAUGGUGCCUAUGACAUCAAGCUCCUAAUUGCAAUAGGAAUGGAUGCCAAUGGGUCAAUAUUUCCUCUUGCUUUCGCAAUUGCCGCUAACGAGAGCAACGACACAUGGGGGAUCUUUUUGACCCAUUUGAAAACUCAUGUUAUUAAGGAUCGUACCGGCAUAUGCAUGUUGUCUGAUCUUCAUAAAGGCAUAUUGCACAAUAUGGAUAAUUUACUAGGGUGGUAG